GCUCACACACACGCUCACACACACAGGUUUCCUUCUCUGUAGACACAGCGAGGACUGUAGGAAUUAAAUCACACACACACACACACACACACACACUCACACACACACACACACGACCUAGGCUAACCAAUGCACUAAUCGCCUGCCCCGGGCAUAGGAGGAGCUUGGUGCUUAAGUAGGCUGCCAAUCAGUCAGUCAGCUCCACAUCCAGAAGCUCCUGCGGCCAGACACACGCAUCACUCCGCACUCGAGGUGCCAAACUGCGGCUCUGACACAACUCGGAGGAAGAGGAGAAGUGGGGAAGCUUGACAGUUUCUAAAAAAAAAAAAAAGGGGGUAUCUUGUGAUUUAGACAGCCCCCCUUUCAUCCUCCUCUUCUUCUUCUUUCUGGGGAUUCCUACUUUCUCUGUUUUUUUUUCUCUGCGUCCUUCUUGCUGUUGUGUGACUUUGGAGAGAGAUUUACUGUACGCGCUCUCCGGACAUGUCUUUCCCUCAGCUGGGGUAUCCCCAGUUCCUCAGUGCCGCACAUGAGGUGUACGGGAGCGAGCGGCCGGCCUCUGCCCGGGAAGGAGCUGCCGAAGGCGGCGUGAGCUCCUCCGCCACCGCGGCGGCUGUCGGCUCUAUGCUGGGGAUGUACGGGAGCCCAUGGGCGGCUCAUAACUACAGUGCCUUUCUGCCGUACAGCGGAGCCACAGACCUCGCCCUCAUAUCCCAGAUGGGCUCCCAGUACGAGCUGAAGGACAGUCCGGGCUCCCACCCAGCCUCCCUGCCUGUUCACACCGCCCAAGGCUUCUACCCAUACGGCCAGUAUCCGUACGGGGACCCGUCCAGGGCCAAGACGGCCACCAGGGAGACCACCAGCACCCUGAAGGCCUGGCUGCAAGAGCACCAGAAGAACCCCUACCCCACCAAAGGAGAGAAGAUCAUGCUGGCUAUCAUUACUCGGAUGACCCUCACACAGGUAUCGACGUGGUUUGCAAACGCCCGCAGACGCCUAAAGAAGGAGAACAAGGUAACUUGGGGCCGCAGCGCGGAGGACCGGGACGGCCGCAUCUUCAGCAGCGAUAACGAGGACGAGCACGGCAAGAACGGCAGCGAAGACGAAGACGAAGAGGAGGAAAUCGAUUUGGAAACCGUCGAUAUCGAGAGACCCGAGGAGCAGCGAGCAGGAGAGCAGGGUUCCGGGAAGGCAGAGGGAGAGGCAGGCCUGUCCGCCAGAGAGCAGGCCUCGGAGUCGAAGAGCUCAGAGAGCAGCAGGACGCUUUCUGUGGAGGGCCUGAGAGGAGUGGAGGCGGCUGUUUCUCUCAAUAAAUCUCCUGGUGUGAAACUCGCAGUGGAUCAUUCACCCAGCAGACAGGAGUGCCAGAGACCACCGCAGAGCAAACCUAAAAUCUGGUCUCUGGCUGAGACCGCCACCGCCCCCGACAGCUCUCACAAAUCUUCCCCGGUGGCCCAUGCGCACCACCCGGCUUUGGCCUCCGCCGGCCACCCGGCGUUACUCCCGGGUCAUGGAAUAUAUACAUGCCAGAUUGGCAAGCUGCACAACUGGGCCAACGCGGCUUUUUUGAAUGCCAACUCUCUUUUGAACAUGAGAUCGCUCCUCGGAGGAGCGCCGACCGGACACCUGCCUCUCCACGGCGCUGUGCCGGCUGCGCGCCAUGACGCACGGCCGGCAGCGGCUGGAACAGGAGCCUCGGGGACGGAGGAGGACAGUGAUGUAGAGUCGUCGGGCAGUUUCAGCCCAAAAAGAGAUGAUGAAGAGAGCGACCACAGGCCUGAUUCCCUGAAGUCCCCGUUUCAGCUGAUCACUGACAGACCUCACCAUGGGACAGCAUCGCAGCGAGUUCUGACAACAACAAUAUAAGAAGACAAAGAACAAAAGAAAGGAAUAAUUUUAUUUAAUGGAGAACAGUUUACCGAAGGCUAUUUUUUUUUGACUGGGCGACCUGUCAUAGUAUUACUGUUUAGCUUCUACAUGCAACAGAGAUGGUUGUUUUUGUCACAGAUUUGCUUGUAUCUCUCUUUUAUGUCCUGUUUUUUUCCCCCUUCUUCUUCCUCUUCUGCUCUUCUGUUGUGAAUGGAAACCCUGAAAAUUGUAAAUACAGGAUAUGAAUGUGUCUUUAAAGAAUAUAUUUUUUGGGAACUAAAUAAAUGUCAUUAUAGUCAUUUAUUAUUGCAGACUUUA